CACGCUUGAGCCUUGCCGAAUUCACUUAAUCGCCAGUCAAGAGCUUCGACAACAGCAACGAUUCCCACAAUAGGGCAGACGACAUGCUGAGUCCUAACGCAACUGUGUUAUGCGGCUCCGUCUGGCCGAUUGCUUUCAUUUCUGGCGCUGUCCUCGGACUUCGAAUCUAUGCCAAAAUCAGUCGCGGUCGACGUCUCUUAUCAGAUGACUUGCUUCUGAUAUUCUCAUGGAUUCUCAUGUUCGUAGAGAUAUGCUUUAUUACCAAGGCCGCAAGCCUCGGCUUCGGGAAACCAUACACGUCGCUUGACCUUGCGACCCGGUCCGAAAUCGCCACGUACGGGGUGGCCUACAGCGUUUUCUCCACCCUUAUUGUAUCCGUGAGCAGGAUCGCCUUCGCUAUUGCAAUAUUGAGGUGCACCGAGGGCUGGAUGAAGGUUGUAACGUGGACGGCCAUUGCUGGCUUGAUCUGCAUCACCAUGAUUCCCAACAUUGUCACGAGGGUUACGAUCUGCCAUCCCACCCAGAGAGUCUAUGGAUCAUUGGACGAACUCGGGGGUUAUUGUGGCCAGACAUACAUUCCUCAAUAUGUCGGCUGGGCUAGCGGCACAUGGAGUGCUUUGAGCGACUUCGCCUUAGUCGCUAUCGCCUGGAAAAUCGUCUGGUCUAUGGCUAUGCGAACAGAGGAGAAGAUUGGGGUUGCACUAGCUAUGAGCUUUGGGAUACUGUCGGGUAUCAUCACGAUUCUAAGAUACGCUUAUGUUACUCGUAUCUACUCAGCCGACUUCUACGAAUAUGGGUACGGUGGUUUUAUCUGGCAGGCCGCCGAGGGGGGCACCAGUAUUGUUGCUGCCAGUAUUCCACCGCUGCGAGCCCUUAUCGUCGGGAAGCCAACCCUCUCCGAGAAUCGGCGUGCUAGGCCUGGACAAGACGGUCCCAGGUCGUCGAAAACAUCUUCUGCUCCCUUCGAGAGCGAUAUCAGGUACACUACUGAUACCCACACCUUCAGCGGCAACGGGAAAAGGAGUCUCGCAAGAGAGAAAACUGCGGCCGUUUAGGGACCCAACUUUCAGGUGGACGGACAUCUCAUUUGUGAUCAUCAGGAUGCGCAACGCGCUGGGGUUGGGGUUGGGGUUGGGGUUUCAAGGUUCGGGUUGGUUAAUGGCACAUGUAUCGUAGGAUUUAGUCGUCUCUUGCUUCGUGGCGCGGCGCCAGAUUACAAUUCUUGCAUAACCCUGUAUGCCUUGUCGACCAUAUGCAUCG